AUGGAUGUGGUUCAGUUGGCCCCCACAGAACUCACAGUCACUGAGAAACCCUUCCAGAGAAUAUCCAGUGUCCUUCUGGGCAGCCUAGUGGAGGAACCUCAAAAAAGACGUGAAGUCCCCCAUCACCUGCUGGAAUCGAAGAUUUAUUCAGAACUUCAGAGGAGCAGAGUUGCACAGGCUGAGCCUGCUGUGUUACACUAUGGAGGGUAUGAAGUUGGAAAACAUCACCAACAGACGCUGAAGCUGAUAAAUAUUUCUGACAAUGUAAUCAACCUUCACAUAAUACCACCCCAGACAAAGUAUUUUCAGAUCAAAUACAACAAAACACACCGGCUUGUCCCUGGCUUGUCCUAUACAGUUACUGUUGAUUUUUGUCCUGAUGAGUGGAGAUAUUACUAUGACUGCAUCCGAAUUCACUGUCAGGGAGAAGAUACAUUACUUGUUCCUCUGCAUGCUUACCCUGCUGUGAAUGUUGUAGAAUUUCCUUCAUUUAUAAAUCUGUCUGAUGUACCAGUUGGUAAGAGCAAGGAGUGUGUUAUCCCAUUGCACUGCAGCUGUCCAAUAGACUUUGAAUUCCACAUUGAUUUUAUUCAGCCUCACAGAGCCUUCAGCGUUCAUCCAAUGUUUGGAAUCAUUCCAGGUAAUGGGAAAGUAGAAGUGACUGUGAAAUAUUCCCCUCUUGAGUAUGGAACAGCACAAAUGACAAUGCAGCUACGGAUUUCACAGUUUCACUCAAAACCCUACGUAUGCGUGUUCACAGGAACCUCAGCACCACAUCUGGGCUUAGUGAAAGAACGUUUUGACAAACAAAGAAGUUGUCCAGAGAAAAAAGCUGCAUCUUUGAGAAAAUCUGUGAUAUGGAAAAGAGACCGAUUCAGCCAAGCACAGACAAGGCCAAUUCAAAAAGUAAAGGAAAUUGAAUACCAGAACCUCAGAUUCCCUACAGAUUUGUCAAAUCCAUAUGCUGUAGCUACUGUUUUGAAUCAGGAACCAGGCAAAUUGAGGAGUAAGGACUUGAAAGCAGCCCUUUGCCAAGGCAGUGGUGGAUUGAAAACAAGGCAGAUGAAGGAAGCUGCAUUUCUACUAAAAGUGAAAGAAAAUAUUCAGGAAGAGAAAGCAAAUCACCUGAAGUGGCAAGUUCAUAAAGGCAAAGAUCCAGUCUCUGUGGAAUUUAAAAGAGAGGUUAUUGAGAACCGACAGAGGGAGGAAGAGCACUACAAGAUCCAAAGAGGAGAUCCUAUCAUAGAACAAGAGUUUCAAAGGAAUGAAGCAGAAGUUUCUUUUAGGCGUGUUAUCCGGCCUGUUGACCAGCAUCCAGGUGUCCAGCCCACAUUUGACUUGCUCCGUAAUGAUUUUUGGGACCACAGAAGCAGGAUGUUGAGGAAAUUCCAACAGGCAGCAUACAAGAUUGUGAUUCAGAUGCGACUAAAUCAUUUGCUGCUUCUGUUCCGUGGGCAAACCAGAGAAACCAGAGGUUUGACAGAAGGCUCUGUAUCUGAAAGCAGGAGUUUCAGCAAAUCACAGAAAAGUGAAGAAUGUAAGGACUCUUCCAACAUAUCUGAACUCCCAUUUCACAGUUCCCAUGAAGAGCAACGUGAUUUGGCACCUGAUGCUCUUGGCCUGGUUCCUCACAAACCUGUAGAUGUGAAAAUCAAAAGAAAAAAAAAGAGGAUUCCUUUUUACGACUUAAAGGUUCCUCAGCAUUCCAGCAUUAUGAAGUAUCAGCCAUUUUGCACAAACUACACAGACACAAGUUACCAACCUCAGAAACUUUCCCAACCACUGAGGCAGGGAGCACAGGCUGAGUUGAUUCAAGUAGUUGCUUUUCCUGAGGAGCAGUUUGACCUGGUCUCCCAGAGUGUGGAUUUUCACAAACCACCCCCAGAAGAAGUAGAAGAAAGGGGUAUCAGCCUCUUAAAACUGGUUCCUCCCCAAGCUUUAGUCUACCCUACAGAGAGCAACCCACUUCGUAUUUUUAACCCCACUCCAGGACUAGUUCCAUUUUUGCCUCCAUUGGCUUAUUCUGAAACAAAUAUUGAAUAUCAUCUCUGUCCUCAUCCAAAAUACACCUUUACCAAGGAAUGCCCCAAAGGAUCCAGUAUUCCAGUCACACAAAAGAAAUUUCUACAUCAUAAGGAAGUGAUUUCUGGAGUAAUGGAAUGGAGAAGAUUCUUACCACUAGUGUAUUCCAACUUUUCUAACACUCCCACAUGGACAAGUACAGCACCCAGGGAUCCUUACAGUUUAGAUAUGCUUCCAAGAGAUGUACCACCAAUGCUGUAUGACUUACCUGAGAGAGACAGGGAGAACAUAAUUGACCAUGAGACAGAUGAAACUGAGUUCAGAAUGAUUCUUACUCCAGAGAUGGUGAGAGAUGAAUUUCCACAAAUUGGGCAGGCACUCUCAGAAGAAGACAAAGAGAAAUCAGCAAGAAAAGAAAGUGAUACGGUGUUGGAUGGUGCUUUUCCUGGAGAACUGCAUGACCAUCCAGGUGGACAUUUUCAACCCCAAAACAACGAGUUCAGAGAGAAAGUUCAAAAACACGUGGAGAAAAUGAAGCUGAAAGCACUUAAUAAAACCCUUAUUCUGGGAUAA